GGUUAGAGGCUGUUCACCACGGGACCCUUACGUCAUCGCUUAAAACAGAUAUAACCAGGGUUAGGAGAAGAGGAAAUAUGUUUAUGUUGUCAUAGCGUUUUGUUUAUAUACUUCCCAUUUUGCUCUGCUGCCUGUGGAGGGGCGUUAGUACCGCACAUAUAAUUGUUGCUUACAGCCGAAUAUAAAUACCCAAACUUUUYCCAAACCACCAAAACGCAGCUAGCUUAGCUAGCUAGUAGCUCUAACGGGCAGAGUAGUUAUGGAGUGGCUGAGCAACAACGGAGCUUCACUUCACCCAAACCAAGAGCCUAACCGUGACCCGACCAAGACAUCCAGGGCUCUCAGGGAAGGUCAUCCUCAACAGCAGCAGCCAUCAUCAUUACACCUCUGUGACUGUGCCAUGGCGUCGCUGUGUCAGAGCCAGCGGCGCUGUGUGAAGGCCUCCAUCGUCUCCAGCUGGAGGCUGGCCGAGGCGCAGGACCAGCUGUGCUCUUUAGGGGUCCACAGCUCCGAGUCGAUGGAACAGGAACGUGCACGGACUCUGGCCUGCCCCGCAGAACUCUCCAACACCGAGGAGGAGUGGCGCCGCAAAGAGAGCGUGCUGGGAGGUCAGGGACCCAGUCGCAGUCCUGUGCUCAGUGAGACCGGAAGCUGGGACGUCUUUGAUCGGAGUAUUAUCAAUGUCCAAAAUCAGCCUGUUGAAGUGGAUCAGGAGAAGUGCAAAACAUUUCUUCAGAAGUACGAACAAGAGCUCAGGCAUUUUGGGAUGUUGCGGCGAUGGGACGACAGUCAAAGAUUUCUCUCCGACACGCCUCAGCUCAUCUGUGAGGAAACGGCGAAUUUCUUAACUCUGUGGAGCAUUCGACUCCAGCAAGAAGGGAAAGAAGCACUGAUGGAGCAGGUGGCGCACCAAGCUGUAGUCAUGCAGUUUAUCUUGGAGAUGGCCUCAAACUCUCAGCAGGAUCCUCGGGGCUGCUUCAGGCACUUCUUCCACAAAGCCAAAGAGGGACAGGAUGUCUACUUGGAAGUGUUCUACGUAGAACUCGAGGCCUUCAAGCAGAGAGUUAAAGAAUACACUGUUAAAUGUAAAAACGACAGCUCCAACUCUCAGCAGCAGAACUCUGGCACAAAAGAACCAGCAAACUUCAUAAUCCAAGACCCUGAAUAUAACAUGAAACACUGUUUAGAGGCAGGACUUUGGACAAACACAGGAAAAUGGACAAAGGACGACGCUGCAGAGACAGAAGACGCGCGGAUGAUGGAGAUCUCAUAAGGACUGUAGGUCCGAGCUCUGCUUUCCGUCCAUCACAACCGUCCCAUUUAGGAACACUGAGUUUAUAGCUCUUCAUCCAGCACACCAGCCUUAAAUGCCAUUACAGAGCAGGAACAAACAGGAGCACUGUCGGUCAUUUAGCUGAGAACCAGCAGGAAAUUACGUUUCUCAGCGUCGACUUUCAUACAUGCUGCUACUGCUGGCCACAGACAAGAUGGCUGCAGCUGUGUCGUUAAACAGCAAAUUAAUGCUUGUGAUGUGCCAUACGUGGAGUUUUUUUAAAGGUAUUUAUUGUGCAACAGAGGCACAUUCUCUAAAAAUAAAGAACUAAUGCACUUUUUUUCCCCCUGGCUCACACAAAGAAUAGAAAAGGAUGAUCUGUUAGAUCUGAGUACGGCUGGUUGAUACAGUAUAUCGUUUAUUUGAUCUCAGUCGUGCUAAAACAUGCAUAUAAUUACCUGAAUAAUGAGCUCGUUAUUUGAGAAAUGCAUCCAAGAAUUUGUGGCUUUUUUUUUUUUACCGUUUCAUUGGAAUAUAUUUGACAUAUCACUUUGAUGUAUUUUUAUUUCCAAUUGGUUUUCUGCAGUCAAACCUCCUGGCUUUAAACUAACAUGCAAAAAGUAUUUUGUUGUUUUAAAAAUGAAAAGUUCAGUCUGUGGUGGUCAGGAUCUCCCUGUAGGCGCCUGAUCUGAAUGUAAAAGAGCCGUUCACACGCUGACCACUGUCUGAACAUAAAUAAUGUAUUACUGCA